AUGGCAGCUGUUCAAUCAAGAUUACCAGCUCCACCAUCACAUAAAAUAAUUGAGAAAAACGCUACCAAACAAACCGUUACAACAAAACUUCGUAAACCAACAACCAUUUCUACUUUGCUAACUGCGCCUUCUUCGAAACAAGCAAACAUACCAGCACAAGAACAAAAAAAAAAAAAACUUCCAUCGACUGCACCUGCAACGAUAACUGCACCUUCUUCGAAACAAGCAAACAUACCAGCACAAGAACAAAGAAAAAAAAAACUUCCAUCGACUGCACCUGCAACGAUAACAACGCCCAAAAAGAAAUCACCUAAAAUUACCGUUCCUACAAAGAAACCUGAUUUUGCCCACGUUAAACCACGUAUUGGUUCAUUGGAUAAUGCAACUCAUAAACCGAAAGGUGGUGAUAAAAAGAUUUAUUCCGAAAGACCAAACUUUUCUAAUGUAACAUCACGUGUCGGUUCAUUGGAGAAUGUCAACCAUACACCGAAAGGAGGAGAUUUGAAGAUAGUUUCCGUGAAGUCGGAUUUUUCAAAAGUUAAGUCACGUGUUGGAUCAUUAGACAACAUCAAUCACGUACCAAAAGGUGGUAACGUUAAAUUGCUUUCCAGUAAACCGAAUUUUACGAAAGUACAUUCGCGUGUAGGUUCCUUUGAUAAUAUUGAUCAUAUUCCAAAAGGUGGUGAUAAAAUUAUAUUUAAUGAUAAUUUAAGCUUUACAAAUGUAAAAUCUCGUGUCGGUUCUUUGGAUAACAUUCAACACGUUCCUAAAGGUGGUGAUGUUAAAAUAUUUGAUGAAAAAUUAAAGUUUAGAGAAUUAGCUACUCCAAAAAUAAUUAGUUAUUCUUCCACCACUUCUAGCGUUGAUUCUUCGGUUAUCGCUGAUGAUGAUCGAUCAAGCCUUGAAUAUCAGACAUUAUAUAAUACUCCUCAUACGCCUGUUAUCGAAGUGAUGUCUCCUAUUAUGGAACGUUUCGAAGAAGAAGAAAUACGUGAAGAUUUAUCUCAUAUCGUCGAAACUGGAUUCCAUGAUUCAUUUCAGGAAGUAAACAAACACACCGAAUUUUCUUCUCAAAAUAAUUUCGUUGAUAAUGAUCAAUACUUUUCUGGAAAAGAAACACAUUAUCAACAUGGAAUCGUUUGUGAUGAAGUUAACGAUGAAGAAGAUUUUCAAGGAAAUCCUACUUCUAAAAGAGAAUCCACUAUAUUUUUUACUGAGAAUCCUUUAAAUGAUUCUGAUUUAUCUUUUGAAGUUAACGUUCAAAGGAAAUCAUUUUUAUUAUCUAAUGCUGAUAUAAAUUCUAUAGAUGAAGAUAUAAAUCCCGCUUCAUCAAAAGAAAUGGUUCAUACGGUUGAAAUUCCUCCUAAAAAUGAAAAUGAUUUUCAAAAACUUGAAUUAACUUUCGCUCAACAACGUAUUUAUGAUGAAUCUUGGCUAUAA